GUGUGCUGCAAAAUCAGAUGUGUUGCAAGUAGAUCAGCAGUUUAUAUCAGAAAUGUACAACGAGUUCGCAGGUUACAUCAAGAAGUGGCUGGAAAAAUCCUUGCCCAGGCCACCCAUGGAAAAUAGGCAGUUCCUGAAAAACAUUGAUGAGUGGCAUCAGCUGUUCUUGUUUGAGAUCCUCUGUGUGGAAUGGACCCAGAAAUGGCAAAGCCUGAUAUACAGCAUGGUUGAAAGUUGGCUGGCGAAAGUAGAUGGCAGAAAACUUCUGGACUUCUACUUGGAAUUCAUGAAGAAGGACAAGUGCUGGCAUACAAAUCUGGAGACCUGCUUUACAGAUUGUGUCAUUCAAAGUAUUAAAUACUUUGAGAAAAGUGAGGAACACACAUUAGCAAAAAAUAUUUCCAAACUCCUCAAGACAGACAGGUCAACUGUUGGGAAAGUGCUUUCUGCUGUUGUUGAGAAAAUAUUCUCAGACAAGAUGAGAACAUUGAAAGAAGUAGACAGAUUUGACAGCACAGGCCCAGUUCUUGAAGAGGUGCUCAGCUCUUCUGUGACCUAUGAUCUCUUCUCUGCUGUCAAAAAAUCAGAGCACAAGCUUCAAAAUCAGAUCAAUGAAAAAGCAAAAAUCCUGCUUUCCCAGUUUUCCAAUUUCUUCUGCUUUUUGAGACAUCGAGUUUUCUGAGGAGACAUCCCCUGCAACAUACUGUCCAUCAUCUUGCAGCAUCAAGUGACAUUUCAGAAUAUACUGUGCAUGUGCGAUUCCUCUGUCUCCAGCUGUAUAGCAACAGUGCUGAAAGUCAGAACGGAGGAAUAUGAGCAACUGGAAGAGCAGAAGAAGCAGAGAUGCUCAUUUCUGUGUCUAUGCAGCAGCAUAGAGGAUGUGAUAAGAGUGGAUAGAAGUGCUGUGGAGAAAAGCAUCAGAAAAAGAGGAAGUUUUAAGGAUCAGAUAUCUGUAAGCAAAUUUUCAGUGAACGGCAAGAAGGAAAGUCCUGAAUUACACCCCCUUGUUAAAUAUAGUGACAUGAUGAAAAAAAUUUAUAACUUAGAGGAAAAUAAUUAUUUUUGGAGACUGUGGAAGCAAAAAGCAAAGCAAAUCAAAGCCACAGUCCCUGAAGAGAAAAUUCUCUUAAUAGAAGAUGUGCAAGAAAACAUUUAUAAACCAGCCAUUGCUGACUUUCGGAGUACCUAUCUGGCCCUCAAAGACUUUUCCAUCACCCUUGGGACUGUGCAGAGACAUUUUGGGAAGCAGUUAGCAAAUGAGAGUGAACUCACAAAGGAGUUUAAAAUUAUGGAGAUGUGUGAAAGGAAAGGGAAUGGAAAAGCUGCCUGGGUAGAUGAUGCAGUGGAGAAGAUUAAAAACUACCUGACCUUGUCUACAGUGGUGAACACUGCCAAGAUGAUUGAUGAACUGCGGAAGACACUUGAGUUUAAUGGAAAUUUUCAGAUUCUCAACGACCUAAUAAAAUAUGAAGAGCCAGAAUUCAGGAAUAAGAGACUUGAUUAUAUGACCCAGGACUUGAUGAAGGUGAAAAAUAGUUUGAGCAACCUUCCAGAAGACAUGCUGGACUUUUUGAGGGAACUUCUUGAAUGCACAAGGAAAGGCUUUGUCUCCUGGAUCAAAACCAUAAUAAAAGACAAAACAGAAAUCCCUGUAUUUGUGGACCUGGCAUCAAUUUCUGCAGGUGAAAAUGACAUCGAUAUUGACAAAGUGCGGUUCUUCCGUGAUGCCAUGGCUGCUUCAGCACCCAUUAUAUUUUACCUGAGCCCCACAUCUGGAUUUGAACAGUUCUCUGCAGCCCUGUCAUUCAUCAGUGAAGCCACUGCAAAAGACAAUAAUCUGCCCAAGAAGUUGAAAGAUUCUUGUAAUAACAGAGACUGGAUACAGAUGGUUCAUGACUCUCGUGGCUCCAUAGAGUGUUCCUCAAUCUCUCAAGCCAGAAACAUCAACAGCAGAGGGAUUUUUAUCAUCUCAGCACCUCAGAAAUGCAAGGCUGCCCUGGAGGACUGUGUUUCAGUGCAACUGCUGCAGGACACCACAGAGGAAGCAUCUCAGACAGAUCAGAAUGCUAAAGAAUACAGCCUGGCUCAGCUCACAGAGCUCCAGAACAAGCUUAUGUUGAUCACCACAAAAACUGAGCAAGGUAGAGAGGAGGCAAACCGCUUCCUGGAGAUCCUGGAAAAAGUUCAAAUGGUUGGAAGGUUGUACUUGCAGCUUCUCAGUGUUGGAAAUAUCCUCUUCAUAGACUGGAAGGCUGACAUCUACUGCAAUGCCCAACACAGAGUAAAAGUUUACACAGAAUUUGGAAUUGCUGGCAUCCUUGUUCAGAGCACCAGACCUGUCCUGGAGGAGCUGGAUGGCCUUUGCAAAGCAAUGGAGCACUGCCUGGUAGAGUGGAAGAAAUAUCUGGAGACUCAGAGGGACACCUACUAUCAUCUCAACCUGUUCGCUGCACGCCAGCUCUUCUAUUUAUGUAGCAAACUGGCCGAAGCUCACAAUAGUGUAAUAGAGCCACAGAUUCUUAAUAUGCUUUCUGUCAUAAAGCAUGACGUUAAAGCAGAAGAUAUUAGAAAAGCCCUGGAGCAAGCCCUCAUGACACCAGUUGACCCUGUCAACACAGCAACAGGAGACAAGAAGUCUGUUACCUGGCAUGACUAUGUCAUUCGUUUUCCCCAGCUCAUCAAAAGCCUGGCUGAAUCUGGCUAUGAUACAUCAGUGGCAAAGGCAGCACUGCAGAGCUGCCUUCCGAACUCUGACAUUACAGAGCAGAAGCUCAUGAAUUUUGCCUUUAAACGACGCAAUGACAAGGAAGAGAUUGAAAAUCUGAGCAAAUUAUAUGAGAAGCAGCGAGCAGCCUUCCUGCAGAAGUCAAGCAAGUUUUAAAAAAAGAACAUAGAUGUUGACCAGGCAACUUUUAGCACCCUUGCAAAAGAUGAACUGGCCACUUCCUCUGAGAGUUUGCCAUCCAUCUGUGACAAGG